GGGCGGCAGAGGAGCUCGCGGCCAUCUUUGUGCCGGGCAGCCUUGCCCACGUGAAGCCAGAUUCGGGGCCAUCUUUGUGUGGGGCUACGCAUGCGCAGGCACAGGCGCCGCUGCGAGGACCUACCACUGUGGAUCCGCUGGAGAUGGAGCGGUGGGCCCCCUGGCAGCUCCGGCUGUGGCUGCUGCUGCUACUCGUGCCCCCAGUACCUGGCCGCCAAAAGGAGUCAGGUUCAAAAUGGAAAGUGUUUGUUGACCAGAUUAACAGGUCUUUGGAGAAUUAUCAACCAUGUUCAAGUCAAAACUGCAGCUGUCAUCUUGGGGUCAUGGAAGAAGAUCUGACUCCCUUUCGAGGAGGUAUCUCUAAGAAGAUGAUGGGAGAGGUCAUGAGACGCAAGCUAGGCACCCACUAUCAGAUCAUUAACAACAGAUUAUACCGAGAAAAUGACUGCAUGUUUCCUUCAAGGUGUAGUGGUGUUGAACACUUUAUUUUGGAAGUUAUUGGACGCCUCCCAGACAUGGAAAUGGUAAUCAAUGUACGAGAUUAUCCUCAAGUACCUAAAUGGAUGGAACCUGCUAUUCCAGUCUUCUCUUUUAGUAAGACAUCUGAAUACCAUGAUAUCAUGUAUCCGGCUUGGACAUUCUGGGAAGGGGGACCUGCUGUUUGGCCAAUUUAUCCUACAGGUCUUGGACGGUGGGAUAUCUUUAGAGAAGAUCUAGCAAGGUCAGCAGCACAAUGGCCGUGGCAAAAGAAAAAUUCCACAGCGUAUUUCCGAGGAUCAAGGACAAGUCCAGAACGAGAUCCUCUUAUUCUUCUUUCUCGGAAAAAUCCAAAACUUGUUGAUGCAGAGUACACCAAAAACCAGGCCUGGAAGUCUAUGAAAGAUACCUUGGGAAAGCCAGCUGCUCAGGAUGUCCAUCUUGUGGAUCAUUGCAAAUAUAAGUAUCUGUUUAAUUUUCGAGGGGUAGCUGCAAGUUUCCGGUUCAAACAUCUUUUCCUUUGUGGUUCACUUGUUUUCCAUGUUGGCGAUGAGUGGCUGGAAUUCUUUUAUCCACAACUGAAACCAUGGGUUCACUAUAUCCCAGUCAAAACAGACCUCUCCAAUGUCCAGGACCUGUUGCAGUUUGUAAAAGCAAAUGAUGAUGUAGCUCGAGCAAUUGCUGAAAGGGGAAGCCAGUUUAUUAUGAACCAUUUGCAGAUGGAUGACAUCACCUGUUACUGGGAGAACCUGUUGACUGAAUACUCCAAAUUCCUAUCCUAUAAUGUGACAAGGAGGAAAGACUAUGAGCAGAUCAUUCCCAAAAUUUUGAAAACUGAACUCUAGUGGUCAUCAUCAGAUAAUAGUUCUUUCUUUGGAGUGAAUCUUGGAUAUUCUAUGGUGAGGAACUUACCAUGGGGGCACUUUUACCCUGAAUAUUGUUAUCAAGCCAAAACUCUGAUUUUCCUUCUCAUGCUGCAUACAGAGGACUCUGGAAGAGGAUUCAAAUGAUAUAUGAUAUGAUAUAGAUAGAAAGCAGCUUACCACUUUGGUAGAAUAAGAAUCAAAAAGGAAUCAUGAGAUGUAGAUUUUGAACCCAGUUUAUUUGAACCUUUUAUUUUCUAAUGUCCAGUUGCAGAGCUUGUGCCUCAAAUUAUCCACAUAUAUAUUUCCAUCACUGUGAAAUUAACUGUAUGGGACAAUGCCUUUUGCUCCGUUAUUUGGAGCAAAACAUAAUCACUUGGAAUUAGUAUAACUCAUCAGUGAAAUUCUGCAGUUAUGCUAGGCUUGAUCUUUGUCUCUAUUGUUUUGUAGGAAAUACUACAACAUGUGAAAAAUACUUCUGGAUUAUUUCUUGAAAGGACUAAGAAUGCAGUGGUUUGUGCCAUGCAAUGAUACAGUUCUCUUUUAUAAAAACAUAAACUCUUGUACUCAGGAGGUUUCUAUACAUCAUGUAGUAAGGGGCCAAUUGCAUGAAAAUUACUGCAGUUGGAUAUCAAGUUCCCUCUUCUGUGCCUUCACAGCCUUUUGUAAAAAAUGGUCUUCAAAAAGAGAAAAGAUAAAACCUCUUAGUAAAUAUAGGAAGUAAUUCUUAUUUAAAGGAAUUGUGCAUCAAUAGCUAGUUCUUAUACUUCGUACACCUUAUAUAUUUUUUGUAUGUUUUUGUGCCACAUCCAGCAGUAUACAAGGAUUGCUCCUGCAAUCCUCUGCAUUCAGGAAUCACUCCUAGUGGUGCUCAGUGGGUCAUAUGGGAUGCCAGGGAUCGAACCUGGGUUGGCCACAUGCAGGGCAAGGGUCUUAUUCACUGUACUAUUGCUCUAGCCUCAUGAUAUUUUUUCAUUUUUUUUUUUUAUCCAUAGGGACCAUAUCUAUUGGUAUUGGAUGGAGAUAGGGUAGAGG